CAAAAUUAAAGAAAGGGAUAAGAAGCAAAAAGAGAAGAAGAAGCACAAAAUAAUGAAUGAAAUCAAGAAAGAAAACGGAGAGGUCAAAUUAUUGCAGAAAGGUGGGAAGGAGAAACCAAAAACCAAUGCAGAAGAACUACAGAUUAAGAAAGUUAAGAAGAAAAAGAAAAAGAAACAUAAAGAAAAUGAGAAAAGGAAGCGUCCAAAAAUGUACAGCAAAUCCAUUCAGACCAUCUGCUCAGGAUUGGUUUCUGAUGUUGAGGAUCAGGAAGCCAAAGGCAUCAUAGAUGAUCAUCUUAAGGAUUUCAAUGGGAAAAAUAUGGAUCCCAAGAAGGACUGUGAGUCCAAGAUACCAGAGAACAGUGAGUUUCCGUUUGUCUCGUUAAAGGAGCCACGGGUUCAAAAUAAACUCAAAAGGUUGGACACAUUGGAGUUCAAACAGCUGAUUCAUGUUGAGCACCAGCCUAACGGAGGUGCAUCAGUUAUCCAUGCCUACAGUAAUGAACUCUCCCACUUAUCUCCUGUGGAGAUGGAGAGAUUUGCAGAAGAGUUUGUGGGUCUGGUUUUUAGUGAAAAUGAAAACUGUGCAGCUUACUAUGUAAUGGGUAUUGUUCAUGGGGCAGCUACUUAUUUACCUGACUUUUUAGACUACUUUUCAUUUAAUUUUCCCAAUUCACCAGUGAAAAUGGAGAUUUUGGGAAAGAAAGAUAUAGAGACAACGACUAUGUCAAAUUUUCAUGCUCAGGUAAAAAGAACAUACUCUCAUGGUACCUAUAGAGCUGGCCCAAUGAGACAGAUCAGCCUAGUUGGAGCAGUUGAUGAGGAAGUGGGGGAUUACUUUCCUGAAUUCCUUGAUAUGUUGGAAGAAUCACCUUUCUUAAAAUGUACGCUGCCAUGGGGAACACUUUCUAGUCUAAAAUUAGAGAGCCGCAAAGACAGUGAUGAUGGUCCCAUCAUGUGGGUGCGUCCAGGAGAACAAAUGAUCCCUGUGGCUGACAUGCCAAAGUCACCUUUCAAAAGGAAGAGAACUACCAAUGAAAUAAAAAACUUGCAGUACCUACCUCGAACCAGUGAGCCCCGUGAAAUGCUAUUUGAAGACCGGACCCGAGCCCAUGCAGAUCACAUAGGACAAGGCUUUGAACGGCAGACUACAGCUGCUGUGGGAGUAUUGAAGGCUGUGCACUGUGGAGAGUGCUCUCCCGUGAACACAAAUACACUCAUUAAGGGAUGUUAUGGAGGAUGCAGGUCUGAGCAGCCUCGUAUAACCAAAGAUGUAAUUUGUUUUCAUGCUGAAGACUUUUUGGAGGUAGUUCAGCGAAUGCAAUUAGAUUUGCACGAACCCCCACUCUCACAGUGCGUCCAGUGGGUGGAUGAUGCAAAACUUAAUCAACUCCGAAGGGAAGGCAUUCGAUAUGCUAGAAUUCAGUUAUUUGAUAAUGACAUUUAUUUUAUUCCAAGGAAUGUCGUACACCAGUUCAAAACAGUUUCAGCUGUGUGCAGUUUGGCUUGGCACAUCCGACUCAAGCUAUAUCAUUCAGAGGAAGAACUUUCUCAAAAUGCAAGUACUCUUGAAGCAGGGACAUCUGCAGACCCCAAGUCUUCGGUUAUCGGACUUCAGACUGACAACAGAAUUUGUACGACAAGCAAAAAUACCUCCGAAGACACCAAAUGUUCAGAUACUCUGCAGACGAAGUAUCUGCAGGAGGAGUUUAUGUCAAUAAAACAUGAACCUAUGGCAUCUCACCGAAUAAAAGAAGAAUCUACGAAUGUUGAUUCUGCUGGUAAGACAGUAGCACCUAAUGACAUCGAGGGUCAGACUGUUCAGACUAGAUUGGAUCACGUUGAAUUGACGGCAUUUAAGUUUGAAAUGGAUUCUAAAUUUGACCCUGGCAACAAGGACACACCAGAGAAGUUAUGCCCUGGAAGUCACAUACAUCCAGAUGAUACAAGACAACAUAGUUCAUCAUAUCCAAAUCUGCAUGGACAAAGAGAAGAUGACUUUUUGUGCUAAAUUUGUAUAUAUAGUUUUAAAUUCCUUUUUGAACUUAAUGACGUAAUAAUGUAAAGAUUCAUAAAUUCUGUGAGGCGAGUUUAUGACUUGCCUUCGCGUCUGUUACAGAAAAUAGUUAUGUAGCUUUGUAACAUUCCUCAGUGCCUGUCCAUAACUGUGAAGUAUCAAAGCACUUAGGGCCAGAUGCACUGUAAACACUGCAGGUUUAACAUAAAGAAGUCUUUAAAUAAUUUUGAGUUGUAGGUUUUAGAGUAGAGCUGACAUUUAACAUAUAUAUUUUUUGUAAGAUGAGCCAGAAUUCUUUUUGACAAUUCCAGGCUUUUCCAUAGAGCUUAUUUAUACCAAUUUUUUCAUUUUAAAUGUGUCAGCACUGUAGUGUAAAUAUCUUUUUUAAGAAUCUUUUUAGUGUGAUUUAUACUGAAAUGUGAGCCGCUUAAUAAAGGUUCAUAAUAACAAAUUGGUUUUAUUUUUGAGUCUGCAAAAAAUAAUUCAGUUAAACUGCCUCUGUAAAUGGUUAUGUUUCUACCUGCACUAAUGCAUAGGAUGCCUUUACUCCAUGCUGGAGUGAGGAGCUGUAGCAAAUCAAGGUAGAGUUGAGGCAUUCUUUGUAAAUCAAGAUUAUUCAGAAUGAAAAAUCAGCCCUCCCUCCACCAGAUUUCUUACUGUUGCUCAUUGAAGGCACUCCCCAAACUCCUGUUGUCAGAUGUUAACAGUGGAGCAGAGAGGCAAACCUUCCCCCAACCUUCUUGCGUUGUGGAGCACGUUUGGAUAUCUGGUGCGUGCCACCAGCAACCUCUCUCUGCAGAUGAGCUGGGGCAAGGGGGCAGACUCCCUUCUGUGCUUGCUUUCUCCCCCUUUACAAGCCACGAUUGAUCUUUUAUUCAAAAAUGUGAAGUGGAACUGUCUUGAGUCAGUUAUCUGACUAAAUUGGAACAAAGACUAUUUCUAAACGCUUACUUACCAAGUCGUAAAGGCCUCAGUCUUGGCAGUGACCUGCAAUUUGCUGAGGCAUGUUUGGAUUUGAAUUGCUCCGUAUGCUGAUAGUGCAAGGCAAUAAAGAUACUUGCCAACGUAUCCAGUAGGAAGAUUCCUUGUGAGUCGCAGUUCAGAAGUAAGAGCUAUUUCAUUAAGAAAAUAAGUGGUGUCCAAGUUAACUGCUCACCUCUCUCCACUCCUGUGGAGCUCUAGAAUUCUGUUAAGCCGUGUUCUGAGGGAAGAAGAUUUCAAGGCUAAGCUAGCAUCUGAUGUGGUAAUAGCAACACUCUGUAAUUUAACUUAUUUAAUUCUGUAUGUAACAUAUUGCUGGAUAGUUCAAACACAUCGGAACUCUGUUUCUUUUCAGGUAGCUACAAAUAGCAGUAAACUGCCCUGCAGCACGUCCUUCAACUAAGUAUUUAAAACUUAAAAUCCUAAGCCUGUUAUUAUUUCUAAAGCCCUCUGUAUCUGUGAAUUUUUUUGUAUUUUUCACCUAUAACUUUCUAAAAGUUGUCUGUCCUUAUGUGCCCAAUUUAUAACCUUUGAUCAUUUUGGCUUCAUUUGUAGCAACAGAACAAUGUGACUUCUUUUCCAGGUGAUGUCUGAUUCAACCACCUGAGGCCCUUUUGUUGUUGCAAACGUUUUUUGCUCAUAGGUUGGUAUAAUUCAAAAUGUUACUGCAUACUUAUGCAUGGCACUAAAAUCGGGCAUUUAACUGAUGAGCGCCCUGGUUUGUUUAAUCUAAAAUAGAUCUGUCAAGGAAUUAUUAAUCAAAUCAGCAUUUGACUUACUAAACAUUACUCCUGCAUAGCCAUAACUACGUAUUAGAGAAGCAAUAGAAACUCUUGGAUGUGGCUAAUAUUUCCUUGCUGUUUUCAUUAAUGCUGGUUAAGAAAUUACUACCAGUUCUGCAGCCUCAGGGAUCUUGCUUUCCCCUCACUCCAUAAGCAAGUGGUUCAUGUGUGGCAUGGUAAGUUAUGUUAGUCUAGCACAUUCCGAUUUGAAAAGCAGAUUGGCUCACGUGGUAACUUGAGUCAUCUGGAUAGAAAUACAGUCUCAGUUGCCCUUGGGUUUUCUGGAUUAUGUGCAAAUUUCCACCCAUAAUCCCUGUGGCCUCUUGAGCGCGCACACACAAACAUGUAGCCUUCUGUUCCCCUUCUAUGUGUCAGCUAUUGGAGAACAGUAAAAGGGAAGAGUUGCACAUUGUAGUCUGCACCAAGCAUGCAGCUUUUCAAGUGGAUUAGCAGAAGGCUUCAGCUUCAUCAAAUCCAGUUUUGACAGAUACUGUUUUUUGUUGUUUUUUAUUUCAUUUAGGUAUAUUUUUUUUAGUCUAAUUUGUAUGCUCGUGAUCUGUAUGUUGAUUAUCUAUUAUGGUUCAAGCACUUUUUUUUUUCAGUUGUGUCAAAUUUUAGUAAAAUGUAUACAUCCCCCUUGACAGCAAACAAUUUUCUGCAUCACAGGUCUUGUCCAGACUGAGUAAAUUAAUCUUUGAAAAUACUUUAGCAAAUGUGACUUUGCACUUGAAACUUAAACUUUAUUUCCAUUUAAAAACCUGCCCAGUGGUCACGGCUGACCUGGCCUCUGCCAUACCUGCUCAGGUAUGUCUUGGUUCUGUAAUUUUGCUUCUUCUGAGCUGCCUAAAUCUUUUUUUUUUUAAACACUUUCCAAGUUUUAAAGUGUAUCAGUUCUUGCAGUUUAUGCAUCCUAUUUGAUUUUUGAGACAAACUACAUCCUGAUUUAUAGACAGAAUGCCUUGCAAACAGAAUAUGAACAAUGCUGGGAUUACUAAUUGCUGUCAGAACUUCCUUUGUAUUCAAAGAUGUAAGUGUUCUGGGUUGAGUAACUAUGUUAAUAUAUACUUUUUAGUUUGCUUUAAAAAAAAAAAAAAGUGGUUUUGUCCUCUACCUUUUGGUGUAUUCGUUUUGAUGCGGUUGCUUUUUAAGAGGGGAGUACCUUUUCUGCGAAGUUCAGCUCCCAAGUUGUUCAUUUGUCUGACAAAAGUCUUGCUUUGGUUUCAGGUGGUCCUAUGCUAUGAUCUUUGUUCCUGCCACAUACAACUUAAGACUUUUGCUUCAGCAAUAAAUCUUUCAUGCCUUCU